AUGUGUGCUGAAGCUCUCACUGCCUUGUUGAACAAUGCAGAACAGUCUGGUCUAAUUACACCUGCACCAAUAGGGAGAGGUCCUAUAUCAGUCAACCACCUAUUUUUUGCGGAUGAUAGCCUUCUCUUCUGUCAAUCCAACCCCCAAGAGCUGGCUACUAUGCUUGACAUCCUCACAGUUUAUGGUAGAGCCUCAGCUCAAGUGCUCAAUAAAGAAAAGUCUUCCAUUUUUUUUAGCAAGAACACCAAUCAGGGUGUGAGGGACCAAGUUUUGAAACAGGCAGGGGUAAAUUCUUGUAGCAACUUCGAAAGGUACCUGGGAUUACUAGCACUUGUGGGUAGAAGGAAAAUUGCAGAAUUCCAUAAUCUUGUGGACAGGACUUGGGCUCGAGUUACUAACUGGAAAGCUAAGUUCCUAUCUGCAGCAGGUAAAGAAGUUCUUCUCAAAGCAGUAUUGUAG